UCGGCCGAUGAAUCCAUCUCCGCUCUUAGUGAUCGCUAGGCCGUUUGCUGAGUAGCGCACGCGUCGUGACUUUGCGUUAUCCAUCUAUUAUCGCGUCGGGGGACGACCGCCGGGCGCCGCGCGUACGUCGUGGCUUUAAAUCAUCAAUUAUCGUCAUCUUUGUUGCUGUUACCAGAUGCUCAGUCUUAUGAUUAUUAAUUUAUAUACAGUCUUAUGAUUAUUAUAUUUUACAGCUUUUCAUAUUUAUUUAGUGUAGUGAUAACGCCGAUGAUUUGUUUACUUUUUGAAUCCCCAUACCUGUGUAUUGAUGGUACGUUGGUGUUUAUACGUUACUAAUAUUGUACCUUCGGACUCGUUGGAAGCUCCCCAUAUUACAUGCGUCACGUCUUUAUAUCUGAUUAUAUUCAUCAUGGUGUGUACUUAAGCCAUAUCCAACAGAUGCCUGUCAAUGAUAGGUUUGCAAUACCUUGUCGUGUAUCCGUGAUUACAGAUGGAAUCGCGGGCAUUAUUAUACAUUAGAUUUGUAGUUUUUGUAUAAAUUCGUUUCCAGACAAGGCGUCAAUAACCAAUGGAAUUACCUCAAAAGCGGAUACCAUGCAGAAGCCGUUUGAUGUACAGUACCGGUACAUAAAACAAAAGAAACAUGUUUUCUAACGUGAUUUGUGAGAAAAAAAAUAUUCAGUCAUUCCAGAUUAUUGUGAGUAAAGUCCACUAACAAGGGAACAGCGACGUUAUUGUUAGUUGCAUAAUAAAAACAUAGUAAGCCAUUUUUAGACUUGUUUCAAAUCGUGAAUAGAUUUUGUAUUGGAAAUGAAGUUGUCGAACCCGACCCUAUUUAAGUUGACAUGGAUUUUCUAUGAGAAAUUGUGGUUUAAAAUGAUGUGACAAUAAUAGUAUUUCUAAGCCUGCGUCUAUUUUUCAAAUUUAAUUUCUAUUGGAGACCAAUUUGUAAACCAGGAUGGAGUGCUUGGUAAAUAAAACUAUAUGUUAUAAACUUCGCUUGUUUAAGACCAUUGGAACUUACAAAAUAGUUACGAUCUAAGUUACCGGUACCAAUACUAAAGACAUGUUCAAAAUUUAAGUAAACCCUAUCGAAUGAUAGCUAUUUUUAACCUCAGCACUUAAAUUCUAUACCUAUACAGUUCAACAACUUUGCAACAAGAAGUAAACGUGAACCUUCGGAGAAAUUCUUUUUCUCCCUUUUUUAUGCUAAGAUGGAGAUACUGAAAACUACGUUACGUAUUUUGCUUCCCCUUUUCUUGUAUUGCUUACAUUUUGGAAAAUCUGAGUAUUCUAAGAAUUACACUAAAAUUGGAGAUAUAAUGCUGGGAGGCUUGUUUCCCUUACAUCUGUACAACGAGACUACAGGAAACUGUGGAAACAUUCGUGAGCUAGCUUCUAUAAAGCGGCUAGAAGCUAUGGUGUACACGAUUAAGAAAAUUAAUGAAAACAGUAAUAUUUUGCCAAAUAUAUCUCUAGGUUUUGAAAUCUACGACACGUGUUCCUAUUCGUCUGAGACAUUAAAACGCUCGUUGAAUUUCAUCCCUAAGCAGCGUAUGAACGAAUGCGAUUGUCAGUGUUCAUGUUUGAAUGAUACGGAGGGUGGAUGUAGCGAGAAAGUGGAGGCAACUGCCAUUACUGGAGUUGUUGGAGCCCAGAGAAGUAGCUCCUCGCUACAGGCCGCCGUCCUUUUCGGACUGUAUGGUAUCCCUCAGAUAAGUUACUUAUCAACAAGUGAUGAACUCAGUGACAAACUUAAAUACAAGUAUUUCUUAAGGACCGUUCCACCGGAUACAUAUCAGAUACAAUCAAUAGUGGAUAUAUUGAUUUUCUAUCAUUGGACGUAUGUUUCCUUUGUAAAUUCCGAUGACUCCUAUGGUGAACAUGCUCUAGAGGAAUUUAAGUCCCGGGCAAGAUAUCUUGGAAUAUGCUUAGCAACAGCCACAACAAUUUCAAUACAUGCAAAUAAAGACUUUUACGAUAAAGUAUUGGCAGAUUUAGACAGCGCAAAAGCGCCGGUUGUCAUCCUUUACGCCCAAAUGGAAGUAGCAAACGGAGUGUUCGAAUCUGUUAGCAGGCUUGGUAAAAUAGGAAGAUUCAUUUGGAUUGGUAGUGAUGGAUGGGGAAACUACGGGACCACGGCAUUCAAAGGUCAUGAAGAAGCUGCGUUGGGUUCCAUCACAAUCCGGCCGUACUCUAACUUCAUACCAGAUUUUGACGAAUACUUUUACUCUAUGACUCCAGCGAAUUCCAAGAACCCAUGGCUUCUUGAAUUCUGGGAAACAUACGGAAACUGCUCGAGUGACGAGCCAUACAUCAUUAAUCCGCCAUGUGAUGAAAUUAAUCUUGAACCAUUAGCAAAUGAUACAGAUAUUCCUGCGCACGACAGUUUAGUAAUGGAUGCUGUUUUAUCUUUUGCGUAUGCAUUAGAUAACAUGAAACGGCAACAGUGCCAAUUUGGUAGUGGGUGGUGUCCAGAUUUUAUUCCGAAUGACGGAAAAACUCUUAUGGAGUUCCUUCUGCAAACAGAAUUUAAUAGUCCGUCAAACGGUCCGGUAGAAUUCGACGAAAACGGUAAUACUCGGCCGAAGUACAAGAUUAAUAAUUUACAAAAAAUAAAUGAUAUCUAUAAAUUUGUUGAUAUCGGAUCAUGGCGUGAGGAAAGCAAAUUUAUGAGGAAUACCGAUACUGAGGUAAAAUGGUACAUCAAUACUACGGACGAUUCCUUAACACCGAAGUCAGUAUGCAGUGAGCCCUGUGACGUUGGCUAUGCCACUAUAAAAUCAGAGGAAACGCCGUGUUGCUGGACUUGCGUCCAAUGCCCUUCCUCCUCAAUAGUAGUAGAUGUGAGUAGUGAGCUUGGAACGCAGUGUAAAUCGUGUAUUAGUGAAGGUCCAGUGCAUUAUUUCCCUGAUGUUAACAGAAAUCAAUGUGAUGUGGUGGAUGGAGCGUUUGUAACUAAGGACCACCCCUGGGCCGUUGUUCUAAUUACCUUGUCAGCCGUUGGAAUUCUGUCAACUUGCGCCACUUUGGUAGCGUACUUAAAAAACAGAAACACUCCUCUUAUAAAGGCUUCCAGUCGGGAACUUAGUUAUAUAAUUUUCUGUGGAAUUGCAUGGGGAUUCGUCUGUGCUAUGUUUCAUGGCAUCCGUCCAAGCCCAGUUGUUUGUCUGUUACGACGAAUAGGGCUGCCGAUUUCAACUUCACUGAUUUAUGCUUCGGUAACAACGAAAACUGUUCGUGUAUAUCGGAUAUUCAAAGCAAGUUCAAAAACGGCACGACGUCCAAAGUACAUUAGUUCCAAAUCACAGGUUCUUAUUGCACUAUCUGUCGCAAGUAUCCAGGUGUUAUGGAUGUUGAUCUGGUUGAUCAUUGUCCCACCUACAGUGGAUUACAUCAUGCCUGACGUCAGCAAAGGACGAGUGGUCAUGAUUUGUUCUGCAUGGGACGAGACGGCUGAUAUAGAAGUGAUUGGUUCGUUAGUAUUUAACAUCGUACUGGUUUUAAUAUGCUGUGUGUACGCGUUCAGAACACGCAAAUUACCGGACAAUUACCAGGAGACACGGUUUAUUAAUCUAUGUAGUUUCAGCACGUUGGUAAUAAUUCUUACAUUCACUCCGCCCUACUUCACAACUGAAGAGCCAUACUAUAAAGCAAUUUACAACGGAUACGGGUUAAUUAUCAAUGAUACGAUUACUUUAAUAUGUUUAUUUUUGGUUAAGAUUUACGCAUUAUAUUUUGUCAACGAUGAAGAAAUGAACAUUUUCACACAGACUCGUAUCAGAGUGAACAGUGGUGUCACCAGGGUUGUCCCGACGGGAGUACCAGGUGAGCGAGUGGAAACUUAGUCAAUUGACUAGGGUGAAAUGUUUCGCCAAGGUGCAGUGUAAUUUAGGUUGGUUAACCUUUAUGUAUACAUAAGGAACUGCCUCCUGGGAACUAUACAACUCAGAUCUUUGGAAUUUGAGCAGAUUUAAUUGGUUUUAGGUAGGCUCACCAUGGUGAUUGGUUCAUGAAAGCGAAUACAGAAACAAAUCGAUGAUGAUGAUGAUUAUGAUGAUGAUGACGAUAAUAAUACUCUUAUAUAAAAAAAAAUAUAUGUAAUUUUGAUUUCAUCUUUUGUACUGUACUAUUAUAUAUCAGAAAGGGAAUAAGAAAUGGGACCAAAAAAAAACCAUGUAUGUAAUGUAAUGUAAUUACAGAAUGAAAUAGGCUAGAGUAAACCCAUUCCGUACUGUCCGUACAGUAACGAACAGAAGCGUUGCUAUGCAGUCCUUAGAAAAUACCACUUCUUAGGCGUCAUGGCCAAGAAUAAUAAUGAGCCUAUCUCUGUGUAUUUUAAAGAAGGAAAGGUGAAAUUCAAACAGCAUUUUGAUUGGACACUACUCACUGAGAUAUUAAUCAGUCGUUGUGAAUGAACAAGGAUCAGAGUGGGUGGUUAAUAAUAAUUAUGGACUUUGGACAAUGCGCACAUUAUUAACAAAUAUGAAUGGGUCACUUUCCUCUUUUGUAAGGCUUACUGUGCAAUUUAUUGAUUCUUUUUUUUUUUAACUUGCUUAAAACACAGCAAUUGUUUAAUAGCAGGGGCGGAUUUAGUAGGGGGAAAGUAGAAGGGGGAAAGUGCCGGGAACGUGCCCCCCCCCCCAUGACAAUUAUAAGCGUGGCUGUCGAAUAAGCGCUUCCCUCAAGCCUCUAUAUAAUAUAAAAUAACUGAGCGACAAAAAUGUAUAUCAACCAAAGUCGAGGCAGCUUCAAGCCUUUACAAGUGCAAAGCAAAUAAUAAAUACGUACUGUACAGUAUUCUGCUAUUUCAUUUCAAUCUGCUCGACCUUUAUCGAACAAAGUAUGAACAAACGACAAAUACAUCUUUCAUAAGCAAAACAUAUAAUGGCUGUAACCGUUUAUUUUAUUGGCAAAUAAACAAGACAUAAAAACAAACAGAAAAAAAAAAAAACAUGCGUCCAUUUGAAAAUAAAUACAAGCUGUGAUAUACAUCAAA